AAGGUCACGGCGGUAAGUUCAGUGCAAGAUGCUGACGUUCGAUCGUUUUACGGCAGAUUUUAGAGAAUGGGUGAUCGUUGAGAGACUACAGCAGAUGGCAUUGUCAAGAAGUUCCUGUGUCUGUGACUGCGGCAAUUAAAUGACCGUAGCACGAUGUGCAGACUGCCACGAUGACAUUGUAUGUCGUUUUACUAUAUGUUGGAGAAAAAAAUCUGCUCGAACUGGCACUUUUUUGCCCGGUCACGGCUAAGGCUAAGACAAACCAUGAUAAUCGUUGCAAAUUGGAUCAUAAAGUCUCAAGUAACAUUAGCUGCGGCUAUACCGAUGAUUGGAAAGUGUAUAGAUACCUCUCCAGACUUGAAUUUGUGCAUCUUAUUGUGGUGCACAAACGUCAUUUUGUUGAUCCAACGACGGGGGUCCAUACAAACAACAUUGAGGGCGUGUGGUCUAGGCUGAAGUAUUUUUAAAGACCCUACCACGGCUCCAGAGGACGAUUAUUAUGGAGUCAUAUGGACGAGUUCUUAUACAGCAUGCACUAUGAUCUCAAAACUUCUGAACCUCUAUCAAACCUCAACAAGUUCUUAAAUCAUUUAAAAGAAGAAUAUCCAUUGUAAUUCAUUACUUUUUUAUAAUAUAUUUUUACUUUAUACAAACUCUUUUCUGAUUGGCUAAUGCUCUCAAGGUCACUUAAAAAUUCGUUCAAAGGUCGUCCAUAAAGUAGAGUUUAACCGCUCUCCGUCUCAUCUCUUUAGCUGUACAACUAGCUAUCCAGUCAAUAAUCUCUUUGGAGUGCAGAUCAACGUAUGUUCACGGUAACUGGUGAACUUAAGCGACGAUAGAAAUGAAGAAGAAUAAGUGUAGAAUGCAGUAAUAAAUAGUAUAAUAAUAGGUCGCAUUAUUCGAAGUCUUGCUCACCAGUGUAGAUCACAAACGUAAAUGGUGUUUCGAAUGGUCGGGGGCCAACUAACGUUAAAGUAACACAUUACGGUUGGCGCCUAACGUGGAUUAACAUUCGUCGUAUCUAAGUACUGUUGCUAUCUUGAUGACCGUGCGGCCCGAAUCACGUCAUUACAAAAAUAUAUUAGUAAGGAUAGGUACAAGGAAUCGAGUGCGACCGCCAUCACAUGGGCCAGUUCAUGGCGUGCAAUUAACUGAUGCGUGUUAGUUGUCGUUGACCUUAACGAGGACCGGUGCACUGCUCGAUAUUCAGUGACCUUACUACCAGAUGAUUUGGCUAUGGCCCAAUGACAUUUCACUGCCUAUACAUGAAUAAUGUCCUCGUUUUUCUGACGAAUUACGAUUUAUAGUAAUUGGCUGACUAACUGUGAUCCCUGUAUCAAACCAUGCUUUUAUAGCUAUGAAGAUAUCAAAAUACUAUCCUGUGUGGUUGUUUUAUGUAACCCACCUUGAAUUGUGAUUCCCCUAUCAUUUCUCAGUUUCUGUCCACAAUGGUCAAUGUAUAUACUUAUGGCUUUCAUCGAAAGUUUUUUUCGUAGUCUGUUAUUUCAACUGCUUUCAUGAAUCGCUGAAAAAUGACAAUGCAGCUAUUUCUAUAAAGUUUGAUGAAUGGUGACACGACACUAUCUAGAAAAACCAAACUCAGGGAAUUCUACAGCUAACAAAUUUUGUUCGAGUGAUAAGCCAAAACCCUAAGUCAGGAAAAAGUAGGUAUGCUACUCUAGUUACCAUUUUAUGAAAAUAAAGUAGUUUGUAUGAUGUGCUUUCGACUCCGGAAUUAGUAGAUGAGUUGCAUUCAAAAGCAAUCUUGGUGUUUGAAGUUUAGUUGUAAAGAUUUAUAUACAUACAUAUGUUUCAACUAUUUUAUUUUAGGUUUUUGGGAAUUAAUUGAUGGCCACUAAUCGAACAGCUCACGUUAUUGUGCUUGGUGAUCUCUCACGAUCACCAAGAAUAUUGUCCCAAGCUCAGUUUUUGGCUCGUGAUGGUUGGGAUGUAACUAUAUCAGGAUACAAAACUGAAAUAAUAAACCCGUUGAAUUUUAAAUUGAAAGUCCUGGGUAUACCUAUGUGUCCGAAUUUCAAAGCUCUUCAUUUCCCUUCGUUUAUGGUUUUUAUCCUCAAGUUUAUUUUUACGGCUGUAGCACUCUUCUGUCAUCUUACUAGACACUGCCGUAGCCGUUUAAUUUUGGUUCAGAAUCCUCCUGCAGUACCAACUUUUUUGAUUUUAUGGUUAUUUAUCAAGAUUACGGGGAAGAAUUUAGUUAUUGACUGGCACAACUAUGGUUAUACUCUUGUGGAGCUAAAUGCGCCUAGAAGUUUAUUCACGCGGUUGUACUACAUAUUGGAAGUUGACUUUGCAAGCCGCUUUAUGUCCAGAAUGUCCGAUCGUGUUGCGAACAUUUGCGUAUCCAAAGCUUUAAAGUACGAUAUGAGGAUGAAAUCAAUAGAAGCAACUGUUUAUUAUGAUCGUCCUGCAGAAGAAUUCAAACCUACACCUGUAGAUGUUGCCCACUGUCUGUUCUUGAAACUCAGCGAUCAAUACUCAGCGUUUAGAAACAAACUAGAUUCAUGUCGAUUCACACGCUUUACUGAGAUAACUGCUCUACCGACUAAUACCAAGAACAAUGAGCCCCAUUGGCGCCCAGAUCGCCCAGCAUUGGUUGUUAGUAGUUGCAGCUGGACACCUGAUGAUGACUUCACGUUGGCAAUUAAAGCACUGGGAAUCUACGACAAGGCAGCUGAAAAAACAGAUUCAGGUUUACCCAGUAUUGUGUUUGCUGUAACAGGUCGUGGUCCAUUACAAAGCUACUAUGCAAAAUUAAUAAAAGAACAAAAGUGGAAACAUGUGGAAGUCAUUAUGUUGUGGCUUGAGUGGUCAGAUUAUCCCGUUUUUCUUGGAUGUGCUGACUUAGGACUUAGCAUACAUCGAAGUUCCUCGGGACUGGAUUUACCCAUGAAAGUAGUUGACUUACUUGGUGUGAACGUCCCUGUCCUGGCGCUAGGUUAUACAACACUCAGUGAAUUGAUGGAGGAUAAUAAAUAUGGCUUAUUUUUCGAAACUGGCGAACAAUUAGCUGAUCAAAUGUGCGACUUGUUGAAACCACCCCGUAAUUCUACAGUCCAAUAUACUUAUGAAGCUAGCCGUUUUUUAUCUGUUGGGUCAGAAAAAUUAAUUCAUUUUCGCGAAUGUUUAGCUGAAAGAAACAAAAACCUGAUUAGAGGAUUUACCUACUGGAAAAAUACUGCAUUACCAGUGUACGAAAAAGCAGUUCAUACUAAUCCUUAUAAAAACAAAGAUAAUUAGAUGGUAAUACAUAAUACGAAUCUUUUGUGCCACUUGUUUACUUGAUUUCGAAAACCCUAGUUUCUAUUUAUUUAUUUAUUUGAACA